UGUGUGCACCAGACGGGGACACACACACACACACACACGCACACACACUCACACACACGCACUCACACGCACCCGCGGCUCGGAGGGAAAGUAUCGCGAGAGCGGCCGGCUAACAACCUGCUCCACAACACCGCCGCGCCGCCGGCCCCGCGCCGCACCCGCGGAGCGCCGCGCACCGCCGCGCACAUGCGGACGCCCAGCCCCGCCGUCGCACGCCGGUUAUGAAGGAAGAAUGGAGUUUCCAGACCAUAGCCGCCAGUUGCUGCAGUGUCUGAGUCAGCAGCGUCACCAGGGCUUCCUGUGUGACUGUACUGUUUUAGUUGGAGAAGCUCAAUUCAGAGCUCACAGAGCCGUUCUUGCCUCUUGCAGUAUGUACUUCCAUCUUUUCUACAGGGACCAGUUAGACAAAAGGGAUAUUGUGCAUCUGAACAGUGACAUUGUCACAGCCCCUGCCUUCAGCCUGCUGCUCGAAUUCAUGUACGAGGGAAAGCUGGAAUUCAACAGUCUCCCGGUCGAAGAUGUGCUGGCUGCGGCUAGCUACCUUCACAUGUAUGACAUUGUGAAAGUCUGCAAGGGCAAGUUGAAAGAUAAAGAAUUAUGUUCGGAAGAGAAGAUUAAUGAUGAGGCGGCUAGUUUGGAGAAAGCGGAGCAUUUUCUAGACGCCGGAGUGCCCCUGGUCCACGAGUUUGACCCAGGAAACAAACAAAAAUUCAGCGUUGCAGAAUACGAGAGAGCAGCAGGCAAAGAAAAGGUCAGCAGUCACCCCGCCUGGUCCUCUGAUCAUAUAAGUGUCAGCUCUGUGCCGACAGAGGCAGAACCGUGCGCCGCAGCAGCUGGAAAAACAAAGGCUAAUGUCAAUAGUUCCACGGGACCUUUGUCCCAAAGGUCUGUUAACCAUCCCCUGGCUUCGAGUGAUGUGGACUGCGCGCUGGAUUUGUCUUUCAAGCCCGUGCCGGGGAGAGAUUCCUUACACCCCUCCUAUGUCUUUGGACAGCUGGCUUCCGACAGCCAGCAGCAGGGUACCGAGCCACUUGUUAAAGAUGAACAAGACUUGCUGUCAGAUCAGGAGGACGGCGAAGCCAGGAGUCCGGAGAGUCAGCAUUUUGGGAAUUCAGCCAAAAGCCUAGUGACAGGGUUAGGACACAUGUUUGCGGGGAAUGGCAGCUCUCAUGCCCGAGAGGAGGAUAUAGAUCACGAGCGAGACGAGAGCGAGGACGACAUGGAUUCGUCGGACAUCUCCUCCUCGGGCGUCCUCGUGCCUCCCGGGCAUAUCUGCAUUUGCCCCCUCUGUAGCAAGGUGUUCCCGAGCCCGCACAUCCUUCAGCUCCACCUGAGCUCUCACUUUCGCGACAAGGACGGCUCCCGGACCCGCCUGUCCCCCGACGGGUCGGUCCCCACUUGUACCCUCUGCGGAAAGACUUUUUCUUGCAUGUACACCUUAAAGAGGCACGAGAGGACUCACUCGGGGGAGAAGCCCUACACCUGCGGCCAGUGCGGAAAGAGCUUCCAGUAUUCCCACAACCUCAGCCGCCACGCGGUGGUGCACACCAGGGAGAAGCCCCACGGGUGCAAGUGGUGCGAGAGACGGUUCACGCAGUCUGGGGAUUUGUACAGACAUAUCCGCAAAUUUCAUUGUGGCCUUGUAAAGUCCUUGGUUGUUUGAGACGUGCGAUUUUUUUUUUUUUUUUUUUUAAAUUUUUUUCCCCCUCCGCCCUUUUAAAACAAAACAGGAAAAAAAGGCAGCAUCUGAAUUUUAAUUUUUUUUUCCCUCCCUUCCUUUAUUUUAUUUUGGUGAUAUUCACUUCAGGUAUAUGAUCUUUAAAAGAUGCAGAGGUAUACACUCCAGAGGCCUUUUAAUGCAAUCCUUCCACCUCUCCAUCUCCCCCCUUCCCCUGCCACUCGCCCUUCCCAGCACUGUUCUUUAGGUCUUCUCUUGCGCACCCAUGUUACAUUAUUAAUGUGAAAUGAUCUAAGUAAUUCUGCAAUGAUUUAGCAUCUGUUUUCAUGCUGGAAGUACUUGCCUCGUGGUCAGGGUUUUUUGGGUUUUUGUUGUGGUUUUUUUUUUUUUUUUUUUUUUUAGUUUGAAAAAAGAUUAUCAGCAAAUUCCGGAGAAAAAUUUGGAUUCCGUUAAGCUCCCCUAAUGCUCUCUGCGUGUUGCAUAGAAACAUCCAAAGAGAUGAACUAUGAUUUAAAUACAUUUCAGUGUAGAGAAACUUGUCCGCAUAUCGCAGAGUAUGCAGAUGUACUCUUAUGUUACAGAGCUAGACGAGACCUUAAAUUGGCCCAAAUUAUAAGGGGGUUGAGGAUUCCUGGCUGCAUCUUUGGUACUGGUCAUUUUUUAUUCUCUUUAUUAUAUUAGAAUAGUUCUGCAAUCGAUCCUAAAAUCUGAAUGAGAAGUUUUUGCCUCAGGACUUGACUUAAAUUUUCCCCUUCCACCCAUCCUCUUCCCUGGGCUCACCUACUGAAAAGCUGCUUUUGAGCAUAAAACGUGGAUGGAAAAACUCUUUCCGUCUGCGGCAUAUUCACUCCUGAAAUGUUGAAGGAUGCGCGCUAGGGCGUGUGAAAAAAUCAUAUGAUACGUGAAUAUUUUCAUUCCCAUAUCGACACCCAGGGGCUGAUCUCUCCCCCUUGGUGGGGAGGGACAGCAGCCCUAAAGCAGCUAAAAAACCCCUCUCGAUGUCGGGCUCCUGGGGUGUCUCAGUUCAAGGUAACUCGUACCACACGUGUUAGGAGAUGCCCUGCUAUCUUGUCCAAAAAGUUUGCUGCUAAGCUAAAAUCGGCAGCUUGGAAUUAUAUUUUCUUUUAUUUUUUAUGAAGUUGGUGAUUCCCUCUGGGCCAAGUUCUGUGCAAUCGCCAGGGUUUCAAAGGGGCAGUGUGAAGAUAAACUGCUGGAGGGAAAACGUGGCCCAACUUUUUCCCCCAUGUCUCCCACUUGUUCAGGGGAGGGGUUUGGGGUAUUUUUGGUGGGUUGUUUUUGUUUUUUUUUUUUUUUAGUUUGUUUGUAAACUGAGGCUGCCUGUAACUAUUACCAGUUUUACUCCAAAUAACUCAAUUACUUGCCUAAUAGAGCAUCCUUUGGUCUGUGCAUGUCGGUAAAUAUCAGAUUAUUCCCUUCCAGUCAAAUAAUCCAUUCAAGGUACAUGUACAAGCGACUGAAAUAUAAUAAUAAUAUCUGAGGGUUUUGAAUGUUGUUCUGCUGCGUUAGUGUUGCUUCACCAGCUUUCCUGACACUCCUGGAGUUGUUUUGUGGAACUUAAGCGUUUAUUUUAAAAUUAAUUUGAAGCACUGAGUUAGAUUAUUUUUAAAAGUUGUGCUUAAAAUACUGUAUUUCAUCUUAUGAAGAAAAAAUUUCCCAAUGCCUUCCCCCUCUGGUCCAAAAACUGAGCACUACCUACAUAAAUAAUAUGGGAUUGAUUUCUUUUUUUUAUUUUUAUUUUUUUAAAAAAUAAGUACUUCCUCUUUUAAAGAAAAUCAGGAUAUACUUGUUACAGCCUCCUCUUAUUAUUCAUCUCUUAAACUAUGAAUGUACAUGUAAUGUGAAAUUUUGCUUCUAUUUAUAGUUUUGGGUUUUGUUUUCAGUCUCAUUUCUUGACUGUAAAAUAUUUUUGCUGAACCUGUUACAUAUGAAAGUUGUGGGAGAGUACUGUAUCUUGAACAUAAGUGGCUUUGGUACUGUGGUCUUAUUCUACUUAAUCAGUUUUUUCUCUCUUUUUUUUUUUUUCUCCUUUUUGCUGUGAUUGGAAAUAGCACUGAACAAAAUCUACUAAAAUUAAGUUAUUUUUCUUUCUACUAAAAUUAAGUUAUUUUUUUUCUCCUGAAGAUACUUGAUAUAGUAUUUAUUAGAUUUUUUUUUUUGAAGUGGAAUUAUUACUGUUAAUCUAUUUCAAAACUAGUUAAUUUACACUUCACUUUAAAUUUUAUAACAAUGGGUUUUGCAUGUUGAACAACAUGUAAAGAGCUUAAUGUAGAGUCAGCAUUACUGAAGCUGGUAAUCUUAAUUUUGCAUUUUUGUGACACUUUUUGCAUUUCAGUCUUCAAUUACUGUUUCUUUUUUUUUUAUUUUUUAGAAGAUCAUAAAAUAGGAUGUGCCAUAAGAACAUCAUUAGUGUAUGGAGCAGGGAGAAGUUGAAACAAGUUUGUGUCUGAUCUUAGUAUAGAAAUAAUUCAUUAAACUGAUGCUAUGAGCAUGCUCUGUACUGCAGUGAAUAUGGGGCAAAAGUUUUUUUUAAAAAAAAAAGGCAAAAAAAAAAAGACUUUCUCGUUCUUGACUACAUCAUGAACACGCUGUUCUCAUAGUCUGGUAUUUGUGUUCCCACUCCUCAUAGCUUGAAUUUCUAAAGUAAAAAAAUGUUUGCACUUAUUUUUGUUCUUAAGGUGACUUUUUUUGGCUAUCUCUCUGUGUGUGUCUCUUAUUUUUAAGUUGCAAUAGCUCGGAGCAUGUUUUCAAAAUGGUUCAUGACUCUUCAGAGAAGUACUAAAAACAUGGCACACUUAUGCUUGUCUCUUCAUAAACUAUUUCACUGUGGGGCAGUUACUGUUUCUGUAGGGAACAGUCCUGCUCUGCAUUUUAAACACUGGAUUUGUCUUCUACUACAAAAAAAUACUGUGAAGUUAAUGUAAAAAAAAAAAAAAAUCAUUGAUAUUUUUAAUUGUUUUUAAUCUUGGUGCAGUUCAGAUUAAAUAUGUAUAUUUAAAGACACUAAUUUUUGUGGGAGAGUUUUAUAGUAUACAGUAUGUAGAAAAGCUAUUGGAAUGGAAUAUAUUUUAUAAAAACGUUCUAUCACUGUUUUAUAGUGAACUAUUUUUUCUUCAGUGUUAGCGUAAUACUGUUAGUCUAGAUACGACAAUCGCAGGAAGAGUGAUUCAAGCUACUGUUAGCGCUUAGUUUUGCGUGGAGUUCUGUUUGCAACUGUAUUGGUAUGUGCUGUACAAUGUGACAAUCGUGACUAGGAUUGUUGUCUUUAUAAAUUUACACAAAAUAAAACGUGCUAGAGUUGUAA